ACUACAUGAAGAGGGUGCGGUGGAGCAAGAUACUCUCGAGCAGAACCUCUUACCCGGCUCCUCGACCUUCCCACACCAUGGCAGACGCAACCUCAAGCCGUGGGAAUCUCACCUUCGAGACCUCUUCGCCCGACUCUAUCCUUGCCCCCCGCAUAGGCAAGCUGUCGAUACCUGGCCGCGCGACCCUGGACACGCCGCACUAUGUGGGCUACACGUCGCGCGGCGUCAUCCCGCACCUCACGCAGGACAUGCUGCGCAAAAACACGGACAUAAAUUCCAUGUACCUCGCGCUCGAAGACUUCAUAGAGAAAGCACCACAGCAGACGCCGCCCGUCUUCAACACGCCCUGCCCUACGCCUGACGACUCGCCUCUGCGCCGCUUCGCCGCUCUACCAUCUGAUGCACUGCUCGUGCUGGGCCCGCGUCGCGUGCCGCCGAUUCAGUGUCCCGGCCCCAAUACCAACGCGUCCGUUGCCGUCCACACGUCCGUCGGUUUCAGUUCCCUCACGUCCGCGUACUAUGCCUCUGCGGCGCAGGCGCUGCGCCCAGAUAUUGUCGUCGGACUCGGGGAUAUCAUGUACGGCCACAAGAAGCCCAGUCUUAAGCGCAUGGACAAGAUGGGCGAUCGCACCACCGCCUGGACGCGCGACAUGGUUGCCGGUCGCGGCGGGCUGGACAAGACGACUAAAGACACGGCAUACAACAUCUUCGCGCCGAUUCUCCCUAUCGACCGCGAAAUGCAGUCCUGGUACCUGAACGAGUUGGUUGACGAGCUCCGCCCCCACCUCUCCGGCCUUGCCCUCUACGACGCUGCGUCCCUAGCCCAAACACCGGAGGACCUCGCGCCGCUGCCGCGCCUCUCGCUCGGUGACCCGGCCACGCCGCAUGCGCUGCUGCACGAGAUGGCGCUGGGAAUGGAUCUUUUCACCGUGCCCUUCAUAACCGCAGUCACUGACGCUGGCAUUGCGUUCUCGUUCACCUUCCCACCUACCGAAGCAGACACCAAGGUCACUCAAGACAGUGGCUCCAGACUCCCCCUCGGCAUCGACAUGUGGAACCCCUCGCACGCGACCGCGCUCGCUCCCCUCCAACCCUCCUGCCCCUGCCACGCCUGCACAGCCCACCACUGCGCCUACAUCCACCAUCUGCUGCACGCGAAAGAGAUGCUCGGCUGGGUGCUCCUGCAAGUGCACAACCACAGCGUGCUGGACCGGCUGUUCAGCGCCGCGCGGGCCGCCAUCGCUGACGGGACGUUCGAAGACGCGCGCGCGGCGUUCGCGAAGGUGUACGAGCCGACGUUGCCCGAGAAGACGGGCCAGGGCCCAAGAGUUAGAGGAUACCAGUACAAGAGCGAUGGGCCGGCUGAGCCAAAACGGAAUCCCCCUGCUUACCGCAUGCUGGAUGCGCAUAAGGAUGCGCUAGAGGAGGAUAAGGCCGAGGGCGCGGUGCCGGAUAAGAAUGAUGACGCGUCGGAU